CAUAGAGAAACGAUCGAAGUGAAGAGCCGACUCGAUCGCAUAUCCUUUUCCCUCUCUCUCUCCGUCCCUAGCUAGCUCUCGAUCUAUAUAAGCACAAUUGCUUCUCCCAUCACUCCUGCCUGUCUGUCCUUGUCCCCCAGCCGCAGCCCGGGCCUCUCUCCUAGCUUAAGCUAGCACCGAUCCUCGGUCUCCCCACAUGUAAUUUAGCUACGCCGGGACAAGAAGCAACACAAACACGAAUUCGAUCCCGGGCGCCCAGCGAGCCGAGAGACUGUUAGCUAGCUAGCUAGCCAGUAUAUAGCUAGGAAGGGAGGCUCUCUCCUGCUGCCAUGGUGAAGUUCUCGCGGGAGUACGAGGCCAGCAUCAUCCCUGAGUGGAAGGCGGCCUUCGUCGACUACAAGGGCCUCAAGAAGCUCAUCAAGAAGAUCAAGAUCUCCCGCCGCGACGACGACUCGUCGACGUCGUCGGCGCUCAUCGCCUCCUCCGGCGCCGGUGACCGCGGCGAGAGCGAGAGCGAGAGCUUCAGCUUCUCCGUGCUCGACCCGGUGCGCGCCCUCGCCGCGCGCCUGGCGCCCAGAGUGCAAGCCCUGGGUCCGAAUAACUCGGUGCGUGAGGACGAGGAGGGCAGCGGCACCGAUUCAGGGGAGCUCGUCCGAUCAUGGGACAAGCACGAGAGGGAGUUUCUGGAGCGGGCGGACGAGGAGCUGGAGAAGGUGAACAGCUUCUACGGGGCGCAGGAGGCGGAGCUGCUGGCGCGCGGCGACGCGCUCCUGGAGCAGCUCCGGAUCCUGGCCGACGUCAAGCGCAUCCUGGCCGACCACGCCGCCAACCGGCGCCGCAACAGGGGCCUCGCCAGGACCCGCUCCAUGCCGACGCCGCCGCCGCUCUCGGCUUCUCCCAACGUCUCCAGCGGCCGCUACCUCCUCUCCCCGGGCCUCGCCUCGCCGCAGUCCAUGUCAGAUGGGAGCCUGGAGAUGCAGCAGGCGGAGACGGCGGAGGGGGCGGCGGUGGCGGACGAGGUGAUGGCGGCGCUGGAGCGCAACGGCGUCAGCUUCCUGGGGCUGCCGGGGAAGAAGGACGCCAAGAAGGCCGACGCCGGCGCCAAGUCUAGGGCGCUGCAGAUGCCUGCCACGGUCAGGAUCGACAUCCCGGCGUCCAACCCGGGCCGGACGGCGCUCAAGGUGUGGGAGGAGCUCGUCAACGUGCUCCGGAAAGAUGGCGCCGACCCCGCCGCCGCCUUCGUCCACCGCAAGAAGGUCCAGCACGCCGAGAAGAACAUUCGGGACGCCUUCAUGGCGCUCUACCGCGGCCUCGAGCUGCUCAAGAAGUUCAGCUCUCUCAAUGUAAAGGCAUUCACCAAGAUUUUGAAGAAAUUCGUCAAGGUAUCAGAGCAACAACGAGCAACGGACUUGUUUUCACAGAAGGUAAAGAGAUCGCCGUUCAGCAGCUCCGACAAGGUGCUUCAGCUCGCAGACGAGGUGGAGUCCCUUUUCACGAAGAAUUUCACGGGCAACGACAGGAUGGUGGCGAUGAAGUACCUCAAGCCGCAGCAGCUCAAGAACACGCACAUGAUCACCUUCCUCGUAGGGUUGUUCACAGGAACAUUUGUGAGUCUGUUCAUCAUAUAUGCUAUUUUGGCCCAUGUUUCUGGCAUUUUUGCUUCAGCUGGAAACACAGCCUACAUGGAAGUGGUUUUCCAUGUUUUCAGCAUGUUCGCACUCAUCAGCUUGCACUGCUUCCUGUAUGGAUGCAACCUCUUCAUGUGGAAGAGCACCAGGAUCAACCAGAACUUCAUAUUUGAUUUUGCACCGAACACUGCCCUAACACAUAGGGACGCCUUCCUCAUGUCCGCAUCUAUCAUGUGCACUGUGGUGGCCGCACUGGUCAUCAACCUGUUCCUCAGGAAUGCCGGUGCAUCCUACGCAAACGCUGUGCCUGGCGGGCUCCUAGUACUGUCAAUAGGAGUCCUGUUCUGUCCGUUUAAUGUGUUCUACCGCUCAACAAGGUACUGCUUCAUGCGCAUCUUGCGUAACAUCAUAUUCUCGCCAUUCUACAAGGUUCUGAUGGCUGAUUUUUUUAUGGCUGACCAGCUAACUAGCCAGGUUCCAUUAUUAAGGCACAUGGAGUUUGCAGCAUGCUACUUCAUGGCAGGAAGCUUUAAGGCUAACCCAUAUGAGACCUGUACAAAUGGCCAGCAAUACAAACACAUAGCCUAUGUGAUUUCUUUUCUCCCUUAUUACUGGAGAGCUAUGCAGUGUUUAAGAAGGUACCUGGAGGAACAUGACAUGAAUCAGCUCGCAAAUGCUGGAAAGUAUGUUUCGGCGAUGGUUGCAGCUGCUGUUAAGUUCAAGUACGCUGCAACGCCGACGCCUUUUUGGGUGUUGAUGGUAGUCAUUUCGUCCUCAGGUGCCACCUCUUACCAGCUCUACUGGGACUUUGUCAAGGACUGGGGCUUCUUCACCCCUAAAUCUAAGAACCUAUGGCUGCGAGAUGAGCUCAUCUUGAAGAAUAAAUCCAUCUACUAUCUUUCCAUGGUGCUCAAUCUACUACUUCGCCUGGCCUGGACUGAGAGCGUAAUGAAGUUCCGUGUUGGUAAGGUGGAGACUCGCCUGCUGGACUUUUCACUUGCCUCAUUAGAAAUAAUCCGGCGGGGGCAUUGGAACUUCUACAGGCUGGAGAAUGAACACUUGAACAAUGUUGGCAAGUUCAGAGCAGUAAAGACUGUCCCGUUACCAUUUCGUGAACUCGAAACUGAUUGAUAAGACGGAGAGAAGGGUAUGACGGCUCACAUUAUCAGGGGAAUUUAGGAUCAGAGUUCCAGGAAUGGGUCCCUGACCCUAGUAGUGCUUGCUGCUAGAUUUGGAACACAGGUGGUAAUAAAGUCUUCAGAGAGCAUAACUUCAGAAGACCAUGGUGUUACCGAUCUUAAGAUGGAAUAAGCUCAGACGGUGCACUGUAUCAAGUUCACCAGGGCACAGCUAACUGAGGCAUUAUGAUCAGGAAAGAGAGGAGAAGGAUCCUCAUUGCCGAUUGAAGAUCGAUGCCCAUUAAUCAACUAACAAGAUAUUAAUUUUGUUGAUGGUUAAUCUCUGUGUAUGUGUCUAGGGAUUGAUGCCAAGAAAAUAGUGCGCAUGCUUAUGAACAUGGCAGCAACUGAGUUUGAACAAUGUUUUGGUGAAUACAUGUAAAAAUCCAGUGUAGUGGAAAAAUACAUGGACAUAAA